AUCGCGUGACCGUUACGCAGUCGGUGUUUUGUCACGUCAUGGCCACAAUCCGCGCCAUUCCGGACGACGGGACACAGACACGCGGUAGAGUUUCGAAUUUGCGAUUUUUCGUUCUACACACGCCGAUUUCCCUAAUACAUUCAAAGUUCGUAACCUGUACGUGCUGUGCAACCGACUGCGACGGGUCUGUAUGAAUCGUAAGAAUUGAUUUGUGCGUAUCGUAGACGUGAUGUAAUUUUCCCAGCACAACACCUAAAUAUUGUACACGACAAUCGUUCGUGUAAGUAUUAUCUGUCUUACCGCGGCUCCGUUGAUAAAAGAAAAAAAACGUUUUGUUCGUGCGCCAUAAAGUCUGGCAGUUGAGUAUGCAACACGCGUGGUUCAUACGAAUUUAACAAUCGACGCAACGAACUAUAUCAAACGUAAGUCGGUUGUCGCUGAUAAAUCUGUUGAACUUUGUCCCCACGUAGGUCGAAGUCGCGGACGCCGAGUUGGACGCGACGAUGAGCAACAAGUUUCUGAUAGUCCGAGAUAAAAAAAUCGUUUUGACGUGAACGAGAAGUUUCGACUUUACUUCGAAUACGAAAUGGCGAUUUUCGACGUUAACGAGACAAGUAAGGUCAAGGACUCCGUCGUAGUGACUGACAAGAAACAGUUGGAGCAAUGUGCAGACGAACCAGUUAAUAAGUUCAAGGUUGAAACAAACAAUCGAUUUUGGAGUGUUGGUUCCAAACUAGUGGUCUGUCGAAAAUUUAUUAACGACAAACUAUCAAAAUCUGAAGAUGUGAAUAGAAUUGCAUUUUAUAAUAAACUCAAGUGUCUAGCCAAUUGUGAAAAAGUGACUAGUUCCUGUGAACUCAGUAGACAAUUAAGCCAAGAAGAGGUAUUAUGGCAAAGUGAACUCAAAGACUUGAUAUGGUUAGAGUUACGUGCCAGACUAACUGACCGAACCAUAACAAGUCAAGACAAGUAUCUUUGUGAAGAAAGAAAAAAUAUUCUUCAUCUACUUGAUGAAAUUAUGAGUUUUAGUUUUAGAUUUGAUCAAUUACCUUCAAAUAAAUCUACAUAUUGCGAUGAUGAAACUGUUAAGAACUCAGAUAAUGAUAAUGGCCAAUGUUUAAGCCGUAGUGGUUGUCUUGGAUUGUUCUGUUCUCAAUGUAUUGAACAACAAAAUUUUGCUUUAUGUCAAGUACAAAAAUUUAUGGAAAGAUUAGAAUAUGCUGAAUCAUUAUUUCCAUCUAGCAGAGCAUUUGCUGUACAAUACCCUUUAUUUAAAAGUCCUGAAUUCACUAAUCGAGUAAAGGCAAUGUGCGUAUGGUACAAUAUGACUAAGAGACAGCGGUUGAUGUUGUUAAUUUUGGGUCGCCAUUUAAUGAAAGAAGAAGAAGUCGAGUUGGAACCAUUAAAUAAUUUGAUGGCAAGUAGUAGUUGUUCAAGUUCACCAAGUGUAUCCAAUGAUAGUGGUAAAGGUUCAUUGACAAUUUCUCCUAAAACUAGUGUUGAAAAUUAUGAGUUUAAAUUUCAAAGAUCUAAUACUAAUUAUCGUGAACCAAUAUCAUAUAAAGACCUCGAUUUAUACAACACACAACCUAUAGCUCAUCUAAGACAACAUUUCUUUCCGUAUACUAUUGGAAUUAACUCAUCCUAUUAUGCAUCUCAAACCUACAGGCAAUUUAUUGCCGGUGUAUUAAAAACUAAAGGUUUAAGAAAAGCAUUAAAAUUUCUUGAUGAAUUAUAUAAAAAUGUACUUCGUAAAGCACAUUUAACGCUAAAAGAUCAAUCAGCAGUGGAAGAAGAUAGUAAACAUCUUGUGCCUCAUGAUGAAGAAUUGUUGCGUUAUGGUUAUUGGUGUCAGGAGUCAAAAGAAUUGAACUUACCUUCAUAUAGAGCUACGUUUAUUUUUUUGUCUCGUAUUCCAUUGGAUCUUAUUCAUGCUUAUCUCCGUAUGAGACUUGAUACUAGACCAGAAAAACCUUCAAUAAUGAGCAUCAGACAAUUGACUUGCGAGUUAAAAGAAGGUCUAAUGUUGGCUGUUGUACAUAGAAGACGUUUUGUUCGCCAUAUACAGUCAACAUUAUGGUCUGAUAUAGAUAUUGGUAUGAAGAUAUUCAAAGAACGUAUUUGCCAUUUUGAUGAAUGUACUAAAACUGUUUUGGAAGUUUAUUUGGGCUACAUGGAACAAUGGGUAGUUAUGAUGGGCUACUGUAAAGCUCAAAAAAAUAUAAUAGAAGAAGAAUGGAAUGAUAUGAAAGUUAUUAUUCCACAUAUUCCAGAUGCUAUGAUUAUGGUGACAAAAACAUUUUGUCAAAUUGCAAAGUGUAUGUUAGAAGCAAUAUUAAAACAUUACAAAGAGAGUACUCUCAAUCAAACAAAAAUGAUAGUAAAAAAUGUCGAUCAUUCUCAAACAAAGCAAAAUUUAUUGGCCAUAUGUAGAGAAUUACAGAAUUUGCUGAGCAUAUUCAGAGAAAAAUCUUUUUUGGUGAUGUCGUUGGUUAAAAAUAUCUGCAAAGAUAUGAUUGAGCAGUAUAAAAAAGAUAAAAUGAACAAUGUGAAAUUUGAUGGUCCUUUAUCUCCUAUUUUGACUUCAAUGAUACCUUUAAAAGAAAAAUUAUUGGAAGUUUGUCGUUGUAUUAUAGAAAUAAUUACUUCUAUAGAAGAAGCAUUUGAUACUUGUAAUAGUGAUAUUGAUGAUGUAACUCUUGCACCUCGUAUUCGGGAAGUUUUACAUCAAAUGUAUAAGUUUGGAUUUGAGUAUCAUAAAGAAGCUAACAAAAUUAUGUGUGGUCCUUAUAAAGACCAAGCAACUCGUUAUAAUGUAUCUAUAUCAAAAUUAUGGAUAAAUUUUGUACACAAACGUUGUGAGCCUGGUCGUGGUUUGAAACCCAAAUGGGCAAAUAAUGGUUUAGAUUUUUUGCUUAGUGUUUGUGAACCUCAAAAUAUUGCUGGACUAAGUGAUGAAGAUUUUAAGGAUUUUAAAGUUUUGAUAGAAAACUGCAUAGAGUAUAUUAUUGGGAAAUUUGACGAUUCAUCGUUGUCGAGUACUAGUACUAUAAAAAAAAAACGUAAUUCUUCUGCAAUUGAAGGGAGAAAUAAAAUAUUGAAAACUGAAAAAACUAUUAAAAAUGACGUUGAGAGGAAUGUUCGUGUGAUGGAUGCCGUUAAUAAAUUAGAUCAUGAAUUAGAAGAAAAGUUGAGAUCGCAAGAGUUAAUUGGUCAAAUUCGACAUGAUUACAACAUUGAACGUAUAGAAUAUGUCCGUCCUCGUCCUGUUCAUUUUAGUUGGCAACGUGGCAUAAAAAUAGGACAAGGCCGUUUUGGCAAAGUCUACACUGCUGUUAACAAUGAAACUGGAGAACUGAUGGCUAUGAAAGAAAUACAAUUACAACCAUUUGAUCAUAAAGCCAUUAGAAAUGUAGCUGUUGAAUUGAGAAUAUUUGAAGGUAUUACUCAUCAAAAUCUUGUUAAAUAUUAUGGAGUUGAAAUACACAGGGAAGAAAUGCUAAUAUUUAUGGAAUUAUGUGCUGAAGGAACUUUGGAAAAUCUAGUUGCUGCAACUGAAAACGGAUUGCCGGAAGCUCUUUUACGUAGAUUUACUAAACAGUUAGUUAGUGGAGUGGAUAUUUUACAUCAAAACGCUAUAGUUCAUAGAGAUAUUAAAAGCGCAAAUAUAUUUUUGACUGACGAAGGUAAUGGUUUAAAACUGGGCGAUUUUGGUUCUGCUGUAAAAAUGAAAGCGCAUACUACUAUUCCUGGUGAACUUAAGGGCUUUGUUGGAACUCAAGCGUACAUGGCGCCAGAAGUUUUCAUGAAAUCUAAUACAGAUGGACAUGGUAGAGCAGCGGAUAUUUGGUCAAUUGGAUGUGUUAUCAUUGAAAUGGCUUCGGGCAAAAGGCCUUGGCAUGAAUAUGAUUCAAAUUAUCAAAUCAUGUUUAAAGUUGGCAUGGGUGUUUCGCCUACUGUACCAGAUACACUAAGUGAAGAGGGCCAACAUUUUGUUGAUAGUUGUUUGCAACAUGAUCCGUAUGAAAGGGCAACUGUUUCGGAACUAUUAGAACAUAACUUUAUCAAAGUUACUUCUGAGGAAUGUGUUUCCUGUCGAAUAUCUUCUACUGCAAUGCUUGAAGAAUACAUAAAAUUAGGUUUUAAACGAUAGCAUUCAGUAUUUUUAAUUAUUAUUUUAAUUACAAAAUUUAGCGGU